GUUUUUGAGGAAUUCGUGAUAAAUUAAAGUGAACGAACACCAAAUAAGAGAGGACAAACGCGAGAAUGCGUCCAUGAUCAGCAGGAGAGAGGGGAAACACAAUUCUUUAAUGGAUAUGUCUUCAAAAGUUCCUGAGAAUCGAAUUCAUGAAUGAGGUGGUGUGCAUCAGAGGUGGGACCAAGUCAUAGUUUUACAAGUCACAAAUAUGGUCUCUUUGAACAAGAUCCUGAGGCUCAAACUAGAAACAGGAAAUGCGAUGGAUAUCCUUUACGCAGUAGAUUUCUCCUUCACAUAGCAUUUUGAGUGGAUUGCUUCGCCCUUUUUGUACACAACUUCUAAACUUCUUUUUUUGUAAGUGGCCAUCAACGGCCAUGACUGGAAAGAGUUCAGACUGAUACAGCGGGGACAAAGGAGAGAGAAAGGAGCCACACUCAGAGUAUGGGGGCACCUGGCAGGCCAGUUCUGGGUGGAUUCGGUUCUACAACAUCCUCCCUAGACCUCGUCGGCUGGAUGGUCUGGCCUGGUAAUACCACCGUGAGUCUGAACCAGAGCUUCUUCGGGACUGACUACAGCUUCAAUCUCUCCGCAUCCUCCUCCUCUUCAUCCUCGCCUCAUGGGGUGGAAAGGGAGGAGAUGAAGGAAAAGAACUGGCCAGCCCUAUUGAUACUGGUGAUUAUCUUCUUGACGAUAGGAGGGAAUAUCUUAGUUAUUUUGGCCGUUUCGCUGGAAAAAAAGCUGCAGAAUGCAACAAACUUCUUCCUGCGCUCACUCGCAGUGGCGGACAUGCUGGUGGGCAUCUUGGUCAUGCCCAUCUCGCUCAUUAACAUCCUGUAUGAUUAUGCUUGGCCGUUGCCCAGUGCUCUUUGUCCUAUUUGGAUAUAUCUGGAUGUGCUCUUCUCCACUGCUUCCAUCAUGCACCUGUGUGCCAUUUCUCUCGAUCGCUACGUGGCCAUACGCAAUCCAAUCGAGCACAGCCGGUUCAACUCCCGCACCAAGGCCAUGUUGAAGAUCGCUGCAGUCUGGACCAUUUCAAUAGGUAUCUCAAUGCCUAUCCCAGUGAUCGGACUGCGUAAUAGAGAGAAGGUUUUUAUAAAUGGCAACUGUGCUCUGAACGAGGAACGCUUCAUACUGGUCGGCUCUUUUGUUGCCUUCUUCAUUCCUCUGGUCAUCAUGGUGGUCACAUAUUGUCUUACUGUCCAAGUGCUUCAGCGUCAGGCCACGGUCUUCCUCCACGAGGGUAAAGCCUCUUCUCAGCAGCCUUUGCAGUCACCGGCUCCGCCCACUUCCCAGCUCGCUACAACUUCUGCUCCAUCCCGUCGCAGCAGCCUGAACUAUCUUCGGAUCAGCAACAGUGAUGGAAACACCCUCGGUCUGACCACGCCCUCGGACACCAUCUCAAUAAUCCCAAGUUCAGAAGCUCCCUCACAGCUGAAUUCACCCGCUGGGCGGGACCCGGGUGGAGCCCGCGGGCGGCGUGGCAUGAUGCAGGCCAUCAAGAAUGAACGGCGGGCAUCCAAGGUGUUGGGUGUGGUGUUCUUCCUCUUCCUUAUCAUGUGGUGUCCCUUUUUCAUCACCAAUGUUCUAUAUGUCCUCUGCCAUGGAGCAUGUAAUGAGCCACUACUAACAGAACUGUUGAAUGUGUUUGUAUGGGUGGGGUACAUUUCAUCAGGGGUUAACCCUUUAGUGUACACAUUGUUUAACAAGACCUACCGACGGGCGUUUUCAAGUUACAUGCACUGCCAGUAUAGACAGGUGGGGCUUAAACCCAUCCCUAUACAUGUUCCUUGUCCAUCCCUUGCGGCAGUCACGCCCAUCCUAAUCUGCCAAAAAGUUGCUGUUGAUCGUAAUAGUAACUGCCGAAAUGGGGAUGGGAAUGGAAUCCGGAAUCUGGAGCCUCAUGACACGGACACUGACCCCGGACUGGAACUGAAACCAGGAAUAUCAGAGCUUUCCAUCAACAGCAGCCAUAGUCAAACAGAACACACCAGCAGUGUCUGAAAAGUAUCUUUGAAUCUGACGUGGAGACUAGGACGGGGUGUGACUGUACUCCAAGUGAUCUGCCUAAAUAUGUCUCAAGGAGAUGUCACACCUAAAAUAACUCAUAACAGCACUGUGAUUGGCUGUCUCCACAACCUCAGCUGUAUCACAGUUAUUGUUAUUGAGUUAUUGACAGAAACAAUAAACUGACCAAGGUCAGGAGACAUUGUGUCAGUGCUGGGAAAGGGAAAGAGAAUGUCAAUGCAGAGUAUGGGUGUUUGUGAACAUGUUCAGAUGCCUGAAUGCCAAUGAGUAUUGCAUGAGUGCCCAGUCUCUAACUAAAGCAGCAUUGGACAAUAUGAGCAUUACCGAUACCUUAAGACUGCAAUUCACUAUAUGUGCAGCAAAGUCUGACAGGUAGGGUCACAGCAUCCUCUUGUGGUCAGGUGAGUAAAUACAAAAGACGCAGUGCAAACCCAAAAACAUGAAAAAUAAAUUUACUCUCAUCCAAGCUAUUUGCAUUAAAAUAUGGAUGAAGUUAUACUGUCUAAAUACACUUGCAAGUCGGAUUAUUGUAUGUGUAGCUUGUAAACAUCUUCAGUAAUAUAUGUUGGAUUCUUUGGGAGUUGUAGAAACACAAUAGCAUGGUAAGAAACCAUAUUUUAUUUUCCUGGCCUUACAGUGUGGUGGAAAUUACUACAAAACACCAGUUCUCUCCUUACCACUUCUCACAGUGGCAUAGCAAACUGGACCAAACAGCAGAAUGAGGUGAAAUUCAAACCCAACAAAAAAUCCUAUCACUGAUUUUGGUGUACAUCUUAAAUCUUAAGACACAACAAAUGUGGCUUGAGUAUUGAAUCUCAAGUGAGAAGGGUUUCAUUCAGUCAAUUCUGAAAAGUCCAAAUUGCUUCUUUAGGAUUUUGUCAGAAUGUUUUUUCCCCUCCUCUAAUUUGAAGUAACAGCUUCUAAAUACGGAGAACAUUCUCUCCUGAAUGUUGGAUUAGUUGUGAGAUGCCUCAUCUAGUGGUUAUGAAUGAGUGAGGGAAGAAGCAACAUUGCACAAGAGUACUACACCGUUUACUUUAUAUGGACGGACUGUCCAUGACAAUAGAUGUUGGUCUGUAAGACUGAAAAUAUUCAUUUCAGAAUGUCCAGGAACAUUUAAUGUAUAAAGCUGUACAUUUUUGCUCUUUUUAUGUGUAGAACCUUAGAAAUUCUCCUGUAUCACCUGCCUAUGUUCAAACUGCCACUUUCACCAUAGCCUGUGAAUGUUUUACCAGAUUUUUGUUGUUGUUGUUGUUAAAACCCAUCCUACUCACAAUGUUAUCAUUUUGUGA